UUUGCGCUCUCACUACUCUCUCGAAUAGACCCCAGUUUCACACCCAUUGCUCGAUAUAAGGAAGUGAAAGUAUACACAUGGAGGGUGUGUCUUUUCCAUGAAAUAUAUAUUUUAUUUUAUAAAGUCCUCGUUGGAUAAUAAUGGGGGACGCUGCAAAGGUUAAACGGCGGGAACAGUUGAAGCGCUGGGCUGGCUCGAGCACGGACCGAGAACCGCCUGUGCCCAGACGAAGGUGGCGGGGCGAUGUCGAGGAUGUUGACCAGACGGAGGCCGUAGACAACGCCAAGCUAAAGGACCCUUCUCGGGAUGUAAAUACCACAGGGGAAGCCAGUCACCUACUCAAACGAAGGAGGCGAGUGAGGUUCGACAUAGCAGCAGAGUUCCUGGCUGCUUGUGCCAGUGGAGACAUAGAUGAAGCCAAGGAGAUGCUGAGAGAGGCGAGUGAGAUGGAGGGAAAGAACGGAGAACGUCACCAGGCAGAGAUUGUCAACUGUGCCAACGCUGACGGAAUCACAGCCCUUCACCAGGCAUGUAUAGAUGGGAGCAUGGAUGUGGUGUUGUUUCUUUUGGCCCAUGGUGCCAAUGUCAACCAGGUGGACAGUGAAGGCUGGACUCCUCUGCAUGUGGCCGCCACCUGUGGAAACCUGGAGAUCAUUGAUUUCCUCCUGCAGCGGGGUGCCUCCCUGUGUGCCGUGAACUGUGACGGGGACGUCCCCCUGGACAUUGCCGAGGACGAGGCCACCGAGUCCUUCCUCCAGGUGUACACACAGAGACAAGGUGUGGAUGUGGAGGCAGCUAAGCGGGUGGAGGAGGAGCAGAUCAUGACGGACGCCCGGGCCUGGCUGACGGAGGGGCUGCCCUCGAACCUCCGCCACCCUCGGACCGGGGCCACACCCUUGCACGUAGCGGCAGCCAAGGGUUACCUGGAAGCCAUCAAGCUGCUGUGCCAGUGCGGGCUGGAAGUGUCGGCCAUGGACUGUGACGGCUGGACGCCCCUCCACGCCUCGGCUCACUGGGGCCAGGGAGAGGCCUGCCAGAUCCUGGCCGAACACCUGUGCGACAUGGAGGCCCGCAGCAACGGGGGUCAGACGCCGUUUGAUGUCGCUGACGAGAGCGUAGCCGCCCUGCUGAAGGAGCUGUCGCUGAAGCAAGCCAACUGGCGUAACGAACAGUCGUUCGUGGACAGACUGAACCAGCCGGGAUCCGCCGCUGCCAACGCCCAGAGCAAACGGCGGAGGAGCUCCGUGUGCAGGAUGAGCAGCAGGGACAAGAUGAACGUCCAGGACCAGUCGAAGGAGAGGGGCGUGUCGGGAGGGUUGGAGCUGAACGAGGAGAGAGAGAGCGGCUCAGAGAGUUCCGCUGUGUCCAGUCCUGAUAGUGAGAGUGUCCCCACCCCCGCCUACAGCCCCGCUGAGAAGACUCCAGAGGAGCGGGAUGUGGAGGAGAAGGAGCAGGACCUGGCCAGCCGCACCGCCCGGGUCCCACCCACCCCCCAGAGGAGGGACAGCCCGGCAGAGAGCCCCAACAACCCCAACGCUGACAGGCGCAAGUUCCAGGCCCCAGUCAGAGACGAGGAAUCCGAGUUCCAGAGGAAAGCCCGCUCACGUCUCAUGCGACAGUCUCGACGCUCCACCCAGGGUGUGACCCUCACUGACCUGAAGGAGGCAGAGAAGACUGUUAAACCUACAGAGCCAGCGCGCUCCGUCCAGCCCGUCAGUCCCAUCGUCACCGUCACGCCUGCAGAGAGAGACACUGACCCAGUGAGGCUGGAGGAGCCCGAGGGAGAGUCUCGUCUGGGAGUGAGGGAGAGACGGAGGGGGAGGAAGGAGAGACGCUCCACUGGGAUCGUCCAGCUGCCUGGAGAGAAUGAAGACGAGAACGAGUUCUGUUUGGGUGAUUCUCACGCCAAGGACCCUCCGAGUGAGUCUCAAGCUGGGAAUUCUUCACCCGACUACAAGACGCUGUACUCGGAGGUGGUGGAGAAGAACAGCCUGCUGAAGGAGCGCCUGCAGGAGACAGAGCUGCUGCUCAGCCAGAGCAAGGUGGAGCUGGAGAAACUCCGACAGAGUCAAGAAGAGAGCAGUGCUGACAGACCGGCUCUGCUAGAACUGGAACGAUUUGAGAAAAGAGCACUCCAGAGAAGAGCGUUGGAACUGGAGGAUGAAUUAAAGGUUUUGGUGGACCUCCGAGCCGACAACCAGAGGCUGAAGGAUGAGAAUUCUGCCCUUAUCCGAGUCAUCAGCAAACUCUCCAAAUGAGCGGCUCGCCUUUUGCGAAAGACCCGCGAAGCAAAGUGUUAAAAGUAACAAAUUCCUUCUUUAGCCCAUCUCAAAAGGCACAAACCAGGGAACACAAGGUCCUUCCACUGCUCUGGUUUUGAAAGACCGACAGCACAUUAGUCUAUCGACUAACCAGGAACUGGAAAGACGAGAUGUUCAGGGUUAUUUCUGUGGUUUGGCCUCAAGUUAGUCGAUCCACUGUGUACCAAGCUGAACAGCACCUCCUAUGGAUUUACAGGGUACUGUAGGCCGUUCCUGUUAAUCUGUUUGAUCCUCACCGCUCUUAUUUUACUGGAAUAUUUUUUUAUGUGCUUCGCUUCUGCUUUAAAGCCAUGCAACAAAAAAAAAAACAAGAACAUGAUUAUAAUUGUGUAUAUACCACUAGACACCAAUGUUGGACAGGGCUAAUAAUGUCAAAGUCAGACAUUUGGUUCUAUGAACAAAUCAAGGGGACCUUAUUAGAAUUAGACCCAAAACAACAAAAAUGGUCUUGUAAAUGUGCCAAAAACAAAAAUGGUCUCCUCCCUCAUGUCUAGCUAGUAUUGCAUGUUCUUUGGGGAAAAGGUGAAGUGAUUGGUGUGUCUCUCUCAGGAUGAGUUUGGGUCAAUACUCAACUUGAGCUGACUACUGUAAAGUUGGACCAAACUGUAUUUUACUGCAUGUUUAUUUCCCUCUCCUGUGAAUGUAUAUUUAUGUGUAUAUUUAAGUACAUGGGCCCCUCUCCUGAUGCUGCGGUGGUCUCUAUUGUACAAGGACCAAGAUGGUGGGUGCUCAUAGUGUGACUGAGGCCUGUUGGUUCCUAGAUGCAGGCAAGAUGGGUCAAGUCUUUUUGAAUGUUUACUGCAAUUUUUUAAAAAGUAAAAUGCAUGCCAAAUUGUAUUUUGACAAUGUGCCUUUCUAUAUAUAUUUGUAAUUAAUAUUUCUAUUUUUCUUUGGCAAAAGUACACAGUCAAAAAUAAAAUACAGUAUGG